UCUACCUCCCCAGAAAUGAAAGAGCAGGCGUAUGUUUGCAAACACCCUGAAAGCUCUCUCUAUCAGACCUGAACACGGAAACCACACAGGGCAGUCAAGUUUGGAUUUUCAAGGAGAAAGCCGGAGCAAACUUUCUCUCUGCAGGCCAGCCGAUCUGCAAGUGCCUGGGAGGGGCCCUGCUCCAUUCCUGGCUCCCGAGAGCCACACUUGCUAACCCAAGAGUGAAUUACAGCAGCUCUGAAAGAUUAAUCUGUUUGGGUCUAUUCAGGCUGGGGACCCUUUGUUAACUUUUGAACUAAGAUCGGAGGGGGCACAUGAGUACAAGCGCGUCCUCUAUCUUUGCCCUUUCUGCCUUGAAGUCUUAACAAGACCCGAGGAGAGCAACAAGCUUCGGAAAGCAUGUGAAGUUCCCUCCAAGUGUGUGCAGGUACCUAGCUUCUGGACCUAGACACUUCUCCAAAGACAGACCGGGAAGUCUGGAUGGACCAGCGUCUCGGCCACAAAAGUUUCAAGUCUCGUCCUCCUGCUGAGAGACUCUUCUCUUGGGUGAUCUGCGCACUUUUCGGCGGAGGAUGGAGAAACGCAAACCGGCGGGACUGCUGGCUCUGCGGCCCCCGCUACAAACUCCGCCGCCACUGGGCGCGCUGGCCGGGAGGGAGCCCGGCCGGACCUCCGCGCGCCAGGACGCGGAGGACGGCGAGCGGGGACGGCCGUGCCCGCCCUUGUCGCUGGGGGGCGUCGGCGAGCCCGCCUUUCUGCGCCAGCGCAACGAGCGCGAGCGGCAGCGCGUGCGCUGCGUGAACGACGGCUACGCGCGCCUCCGCCAGCACCUGCCGCGCGAGCUGGCGGGCCCGCGGCCCAGCAAGGUGGAGACGCUGCGCGCCGCCAUCAGCUACAUAAGGCACCUGCAGGAGCUGCUGGAGCGCCACAGGCGGGACUGCAACAGCGACGGCGAGUCCAAAGCGUCCUCGGGGGCCUCGCCCUGCAGCGAGCCGGAGGAGCGCGGCUAGCAGCGCCCUCGCCCGCCAGGUUUCCGUGGUAACGCGUUUCUUCUCUGGGCCCGCAUCUUAAGAACUAAGUGCUUCUGGAGUAGGGGAAAGGGGAUUUUAAUGUUUGGAGGUGUUUCUUGUUGUCUGUUUUUCCACCUCUCCACCUUCUUUGGUUCCGAACCGCAACUUACAAAUGCUUGAGGAAACUUGUUUUUUGUACUUGUGAAGCACAGGACCUUCCCAGGGCUGUAACAAACCUUAGCCAGAGAAGAAAACCACACACACACACACACACGCACACGCACACACACACACACACGCACACGCACACACACACACACGCACUCAGGGCAGUUCUUCAUGUGAGAGCACUGUGGGUGAAGGUAGCUGAGCUGACACUGUAACACAGAAGUGGAGCAUCUGCUAGGCCUGAACAUAGGCUUGCGGACUGUGAACGGCCACGCUAAAAAGGACGUUCUUGCUUGACACACACUGCUUUGUCGGCGAGAAGUCAUUCGGGAACUUCAGCAGGUAAUAAAGUGUCUCGAUGUGAAUGAUCUUUUGGAAGAUCUGGACGGCCAUCUCCCCGGAACCUCCUCCCGCCCAGUUUCUGCCCACUGUCUCUUGCUCUUUUCUUUGCACGCUCCCCUGUACAGUUUUCACCUUGUCUAACUUUUAGCUGGAAAAGUGACACUGACUUGAAAAAUAAAAAGCAAAUAUGCUUGGU